AUGGCUUUACGGGUCUUGUGGUAUACUUCGGUUUUGACGUUCGCUGUCUUCCGUACCUCCGCUGAGCUGGUCAAUGUCACGAUAGACGACCUCUCUGAUGUGUUCACGUAUACCCCAUCCAACGCUUGGACGACUGGAGACGCCUCAUGCACCACUUGCGCCCCAGGCCUACAAGCGUCAGAGCUCAUGUCCAACACUUGGCACCAGACGAAUCUGACCGUCAACACUGGCACGGAUCCACCUUCAGAAGUCAAGGCGGCUGUCAGCUUCGCAGGCACUUCAUUAUACGUGUUCGGGUACAACGAGCUCCUCUGUAUGCUCGAAGGCUUGCCUGCGGGCACGCAUACCCUCGAGAUCAUCAACGGGGACCCCAAACAGCUGCUCACCGGAGACGAUGGCAACCGAAACAAUUCUUUCCUCAUCCUUGACUAUCUAGUUUACACGCGCGACACGGACAUCGACUCUCCGCUACCCGCCUCCCAAACUGGCCAAUCGUCAACGACAGGUUCGACAACGCCUUCAUCGGCCGCGACCGCGAACCACACCUCUUCAGCCUCGUCACUCGCUGCGAGCACCGAGCAUGUCCUACCGAUCCUCAUUGUCGGAUGUCUCGCCUGGAUCGCCGACGCUAACUUCUAG